CAACAGUCCACCUAUCUCCUCAUGCCCUCUCACCCAGAUUUCGUCCGUUCUCCUUCGUCACAUCGUGCGGAGUAGAGUCUGUCGGCUUCUAUUGAAUAUGAACUCGAAAUCUCUCCGCCGUCUCGCUGCCGACCAUGGCUCCCUUCACAGAGACGGACUCCCUCCAAACUACCUCUUCCCGCCUUCAGGGACCACCGACCCCUCGUCCGAUCUAACUACCCUCGACGUCCUCCUUGCUGGACCCCCCGGCACGCCGUAUUCUGAGGGCGUAUGGCGUCUGCACCUCGACAUCCCCCCGGCGUAUCCUACUGCGCCUCCGACGGCAACAUUUCGCACGCGGCUAUGGCACCCAAACAUUGACGAGUCCACCGGCGCCGUGUGCGUUGAGACGUUGAAACGUGAUUGGGUGAGCACGCUCAAGCUUCGGGAUGUGCUGAUGACGAUUUCGUGCCUGCUGAUUCAGCCGAAUCCCGCGAGUGCACUGAAUGAGGCUGCGGGAAAGCUGGCGAGUGAAGAUUGGGAGAGCUUUUGUAGGCGGGCCAAGUUAAUGACGGGCAUCCAUGCCGCCGUUCCAAGCCAUCUGGUCGACGAGGUAAAGGAGGCGCAAGUGAGAGGCGAAGAGAAGGGCGAGACAAACGACAAGGAUAAUGAGAGCAUGAAGGCUAUUCCUGCGCCCUCGAAGAUCCACGCAAGCCUGUCCGCCGAGGACGAGGAGAAUACGAGGCGCAGGGGAGAGUCAAUAGAUCCUGAAAGCGACCCAGACAGUGAUUGGAUACCAGGCCCGAUCAAGUCGUCGAAAACUUUCCCUACGGGAAGGAACAACAUUUUUGGUAUCAAGGGCUUGGACGAUGGCAUGCGGUUCGACACUCCCCCAGAGAAAGCGACAAUAACAGCUCCAAGAAUCAAUGCCCAAGAGGAGGACGAAGACGAUGACUGCUCGGACUCCUUCAUAAUAGUCCCCUCAAAGCCACUGUCGCACAAAACUUUUAAACUUAAGGCCCCUUAUGCCUCCUGCUCCAAGACAGCCAAAGACGCAUCUACUGCGACGCCAGAUCUGCUCAAAUUCUCUCACAAGAAUCCAUUCUCGGCUAUUCGACUCGACGACCAAACCCAUCCUCUUUUCAAGGAAUUAUCCUGGUCAUGGCAGGAUUCUGAGAUUCUUCACGAUACUGGAACUAUCAAAGAUGCGCUUACCAAAGCAGAAACCCGCAAACGAAUGGCAGGCGCUGAAUUUGAAGAGAGGCGUAUAUGGGAGAUGAAGAAGUUUAAAAAGACUGGCUGUGAUCUCUCCAAAUACAAUCGGGGCGACUUCGGACCGCGGACUGGAGUUGCCAGAUUGUAAUGGUCGUUUUCUUAGCACCAUUCCGAUCUAUGGUUCAUAUUCUGCUUAUUUCUAACUCUUACGAUUUGGUGAGCAUGGCAUCGCAUUACAUAGCAUUGGCGGGGAUUUGGGAAUGCGGAGCAUUGUAGGAGUUUGGAGUGUAUUAUGGGGAAGUUUGGCUAUUCUCUUUUCUCUCAUCCUUUCACACUGGGGUUUGGGCUCGUAGUUUCGGUAUCGAGAGAUAUCAUCUUAGAAGUUUAGUUCACACUACCAUGCCUUUGACAUGCACAGUGUCGUCCGGGUCCGCGUAAGGUAGUU